CGACUAAACAUCCAGCAGAGAAUCCAGAACAGAGAGAAAGAUGUGAAGCUGCUUCAACAGGAGGUGGAGGCCGUCAGUCUCUCUGCUGAUAAAGCAGUGGAGGACAGUGAGAAGAUCUUCACUGAGCUGAUCCGUCUCCUCCAGGAAAGAAGCUCUGAUGUGAAGCAGCAGAUCAGAUCCCAGCAGGAAACUGAAGUGAGUGGAGUCAAAGAGCUUCAGGAGAAGCUGCAGCAGGAGAUCACUGAGCUGAAGAGGAAAGACGCUGAACUGAAGCAGCUCUCACACACAGAGGAUCACAACCAGUUUCUACACAACUACCCCUCAGUGUCACAACUCAGUGAACCUACAGACUCAUCCAGCAUCAAUAUCCGUCCUCUCAGAUACUUUGAGGAUGUGACAGCAGCUGUGUCAGAGCUCAGAGAUAAACUACAGGACAUCCUGAGGGACGAAUGGACAAACAUCUCACUGGCAGUGACUGAGGUGUCAGAACAACCAGAACCAGAGCCCAAGACCAGAGCUGAGUUCUUAAGGUACUCCCAUGAAAUCACUCUGGAUCCAAACACAGCAAACACAGAACUGUUAUUAUCUGAGGGGAACAGAAAAGUUAAAUGGACGAGUAAACAUCAGUCUUAUUCUAGUUACACAGACAGAUUCACUGGAUGUUAUCAGGUCCUGAGUAGAGAGAGUCUGACUGGACGUUGUUACUGGGAGGUGGAGCGGAGAGGAAGAGUCGGUGUAGCAGUCUCAUACGAGAACAUCAGCAGAGGAGGAAACCGGAAUGAAUGUGGAUUUGGAUAUAAUGAUGAAUCUUGGGCUUUAUAUUGUGACUCUGACUGGUGUAACUUUUGGUUCGACAGCAUCUUUACUCCCGUCUCAGAGAUCAGCUGA